GAUACACUACCGACUCUCGUGUCUUCAACGCUAGUUAUAUAAACAUUUGUAAUCAGAAAACUCUAGUGAAAAAAAAAAAAAAAUUCCACCCUCACCUCAUCCGAAAGAAAUACAAAAGGGGCAAAAACCAAAAGAAAACCUAGCAAACAACAAAAAACUCAAAAACCAGCCUUUUUUUCACAAAAUCAGAACCGUCUGAUCUAGGGUUUUCUGGUAGAGAGAAAAGAUGCCGAAGAACAAGGGAAAGGGAGGAAAGAACAGGAAGAGAGGAAAGAAUGAAGCUGAUGAUGAGAAAAGAGAACUUGUUUUCAAAGAAGAUGGACAAGAGUACGCACAAGUUGUUCGUAUGCUCGGUAAUGGCCGUUGUGAAGCUACUUGCAUCGAUAAUGUUAAGCGUCUUUGUCAUAUUCGUGGUAAGAUGCACAAAAAAGUCUGGAUCGCUGCUGGUGAUAUUAUUCUCGUCGGUCUUCGCGAUUAUCAGGAUGACAAGGCUGAUGUGAUCCUAAAGUAUAUGCCAGAUGAAGCCAGGUUGCUCAAAGCUUACGGCGAGUUGCCAGACAACAUCAGACUUAAUGAAGGUGUUGCUAAUCUCGACGAGGAAGACGAUGGUGGUGCUGAUGACUACAUCGAGUUCGAAGACGAAGACAUUGAUAAGAUAUAAGCAAUUUAAGUUUGUUUACAAAUGCACCUUUACUGCGACUGUUGAACCUUAUAUGUCAAUUGUAUGUUUCUUGGGUUUGAUCACUAUUUGAUGUACUGAUCGUUUUAUAUAUGUGUGGAUUACUGUUUUUGAGUGGCAA